CGGUCUAGACCUCUCUUCGUAAACCAGGCUGGUCUCGAACUCAGAGAGCUGCCUGCUGGCAUUGCACUAGCACUUCAUUGACGCAGUCACUCUUGGCGUCUGAGCUUCCAUGUGAACUACGUGCAUGGCUCGCAAGCUCAUUUGCUGUAUUUCAACGGUAUUUGGCCUGGGAUUCCCUAAAUUUAGUAACAUCUCACAUCUAGAUUUAGGCUGAGUUGUUGGGGGUAUGGGGUGUUGGAGGCCAAGGAGAAGCCAUGGCCAGUACAGUAAACGACAGACUAGUGAGGACUUGCUCAGGUAGAGCUUAGAAGCCGCUAAUCCCUGCCUAUUGGCUGGUGAACUCCCAGGAUCUAAGGUUUCAUUAGCCGGGAUCUACUUCCUAGUGCAUUUUGGGAUGAUACAGGGUUGUUCCCACAGUCCCAGAAAGAGACCAGCGGAACUCCCAGAGGAGCGGCAAGUGGACGCUUGGAAUUCCUUGCUUAGAACUCACGGUCUCCUUUGUUAUUCGCCCUCUGGAAGAUUCUAGACUUGACUACAGCUCCUAGCCAAAAAACUCACAAAAGACUACAAAAGACCAUUCCGCCUCCUGGUCAGGUGACUUCGUUGCCUAGCAACAGGACGCCCUGCCGCAGUAGCAACAGACUUGACUGUCCUGGGCUAGUUUCCUGUGGGAGGCCAAAUGUCUGAAGAAAACCCCCAAGAGUGCGCCGAGCCGGUGGAGCCCAAGGCUAAGCCUGCCCCAGAGAAAACGAGCGACUACUACCGCAUUAGCGAGAAGCUCCCAGACAGGUUCAACAACCCGGGGUGGUUUCAUGGCUACAGUACCAAUGAAGCUGUUUCCAUGUACAGGACCAGUAACCAAACCUAUGGGAGCAGAGCUCCCACAGCCCACGAGAUGCCGAAAGCAUAUUAUCCAUCUUCAAAUAAGUUUUCCACACAACACGCAACUUUCGGAAUGUUCCGGAGACAUAAUAUGAAUGUCUGCCUGGAUAAGAGCCUCGUGACUGGGCCGGACAAUCACGUCACCCGCUACGACCCCUUAAACUUUCACCCCAGUUACAACGUCAACAGGCCAUCCAUCUGUGACUAAGGAAGCUGGCUGCCUGUCGGUCGGGGCUGUCCUGACUCAGGGCUGCUGUAGGGAGCACGGAUGCCCCUGAUCCUUGACAAGUGCCCCAUUCUAAAGGCACAGAGCUCACUGCCUUCUCAGAAAACACUUUUCCUUUCCAGAGGAGAAAAUUAUGUAAAUAGGGUCAUCAUGUCUUGUGUUCUGCAUUUCACACAGGAAGGAUGCUGACAGAAUCUUUGUUUUAUUAAAAAGUUGCCACGGCUUCAA